CGCGGGACGCCAGGACGCGACGACCCGACCGGGUUGACGCGCGAGUCAUGGCCUUACGCGACACCAUGGCGUCCACCGCGAGCGCGAAGAGACGACCCAACACGGCGCGAGCGCGCGUGUCCACGCGCCGCGUCGCCCCCACCGGCGUCGUCGAGAUCGACGUGGGCGACGACGAGAUCGCGCGCGUGACGAUCGCCGCGAGCGAGGACCCGCUCCUUGUCGCCGCCGCGUUUUGCGAAUCGCGCGCGUUCGGCCGACAGAUCGCGCUCCCGCUCGCGGUCAAGCUGUGGCAAGCGAGAGACAUGGCCGAGCGCGGGAUCACCGGACGCGUCGUCAUCCCCGCCGCGGACGGCAGCGAGAAUCUGAUCGCGGGGAGGAAGGAGCGGCCGUCCCAACGCGACCCCAACGCGGGCUUGCGCAAGACGAUCUUCUCGGGGUGGGAGCGAGACGCGAAGGAGGUCAAACCGCUGUCGGAGCUCAGCGAGGAGCAGCAGAAGUGGUUCCUGGAGAACUCGAAGCCGCUCAGGCACCACGUGAAUAAGCCGAAGAAGACGGAGGAGAAGGACCCGGAGAAGGGCAUCUGGGGCGGCGGCCCGGGCGCGCGAUCGCGCAAGAAGCGGGACGUCGUCGCGCCGAAGCCCGAGUUUCACUUCGACGACGACGAGAACCGCGGCGAUGGGCAAAUCUUCGAUCGACUGUACGCGAACGCGGUGCGCCAGCGCGAGGAGAAGGAUAAGUACGUCAAGCAGAGAGAGGCGGAGCUCGCGGCGGAGGAGAUGGAGGAGAGGAAAGCCCGGGGGACGGUGAUGAGCAAGCACUCGAGGGAGCUCGCGCGCGGCCGAAACGCGGGGGAAUAUGGAUCGUACAACGAGAGGCUCUACGCGGAGGCGUUCAUGCGCGCGGAGAACUUGCGCGAGAAGUCUCGACUCGCGGACGAAGAGAGGCAGCGCGAAGAGACGGCGGAGAUGCAGACGAAGCCGAGGAUCUCGGAGUACGCGGCGAGCCUCGUGCGGACGGAGUCGCCGUGGGUGCGACUCACGGAGCACCACGACGCGAAGUUUAGGCAGCUCGCGCAGAUCAAACGCGACAUGGAAGAGCGCGAUCUCGCGGAGUGCACGUUCCGCCCGAAGAUUUCGAAAGUCUCGAAGCAGAUGAUGAAAGGGAGGGUCGAGAACUUACGCGAGAAGGGGCUGUCGCACCACGAACAGCUGUACUACGACGCCGGGAGACGCGCGAUGCGCCGAGAGGAGUUCGAGUCGUGGAUCCCCGCGGAUCACACGUUUCACCCUAACGCGCAUCGCCUUCCCCCGCACCCGACGGACGCGCAGAGCGGCGACGGCAGCGCGUCGCUGAGCGGGUGGACCCCGCGCGGGGAGCCGUCUCUCAACGGUUCGCUUCCGCCGUGGACCGUCGCGGGAUCCGACGGCGGCGCGAGCGGGUUCCACGCGCCAAAGGUGAACCACGCGGCGGUCGUCGAGCGGCUCGUCGCGUCGAAGAAGCGCUCGGAGGAACACGUCGAGCGCCUGCACGCGGAGCUGUACGGGCCGCUGUUCACGCCGAACGCGGACAAGCCCGCGCGGGAUCCCAACUUCCCUCGGAAUCCGGCGAAGCUCCCGGUGCACGACUUGCUGUACGCGAACAGGCACGAGUUCGACGACAAGAAGGAGUUGCUUCGCAUGCGCGAGGGCGAAAAGAUUCGCGAGGACGCCAAGGUCAAGGUGGAAGCCAGAAGCGCGCGGCUCGUGACGCAGCUGAAGCACAGGAAGUUCCGUCAGAUGUUCAAACGCUUGGACGACGUCAACUCGGGGGUUUUAUACCUGCGCGAGAUCGACGCGUCCCGCCUCGAAGCGCUCGUGAACGCGAACGCGGACGCGGACGACGAAAAGAAGGACCCCGGCUCGGGCUCCCCGACCACGGACGGCUUCGGCGUCGUCGACGACGUCGACGCGAACGACGCGAAACGCCUCCAGACGCACCCCCACGUCCUCGAGAUGAUCGCCGAUAUCGCCGCGGCUUCCGAGCUCGUCGGUCCCGACCAGCCCGUGGACGCGACGCGCUUCGUCGCCGCGAUGGACCGCGUCGUGUCCUCCGACCGCGUCGGCCGACGCGCGUACUUGGUCCCGUCCACGCGGUACGACGGUCGAAGCGUCCGCGCGGAGAAGGUGGUGGAGCGCGCGCGGUCGGACCAGAUGAUGUCCGUCGCGACGGCGGAGCGCACGAAGAAGCUCGCGACGGCGCGCCUGAAGAAGCUCGGCCUCGCCGCGGACGUGUCCAUCGCGGAGAAGCUUCAGCGGGAGGGCGAGGAGCGGAAGCGGCGGAUGCUCGCGCUGACGCGUUCGAUCGAGGCGGAGACGAUGGCGGACUGCACGUUUACGCCGCAGGUGAACGAGUUGAGGCCGGGCGUUGACGUCCGCGCGUCGAUGGCGGAGACGGCGACGGGGAGAGCGGUGUUGAAGCGCGACGGGUCCGGGUUCGGAACGACGUCGAAGGCGACGUCCGCGAAGAGUUCGCCGGGGAGCAAGGCGUUCGACGAGCUCGAGAGAGAGCUCGAGGCGGUGCUCGCGUCGGGGAAGCCGCCGACCGCGGAGUCGCUCGCGGCGUCGCUGCGCGUCGAGGGGACGAGCCCGAGCCCGACGAAGAAAGGGAAGGGGAAGAAGACGUCGACGUCGAAGGCGAAGACGAACGAGCUCGGGGGGUCGGACAGCGACGAGAGCGACGACUUUGGCGUGAGCGAUCCGGAGAAGUUGUUUCCCACCGCGUGAAGACCGCCGCGCCGCGGGUCGGUCGGGGGGUUAAAGGGAUAGGGGAGGUUUGCGAUCGAAUGACGAAUCAUCGAGGGUAUUUAACUUAUGCUAUUCUUCC